AUGGGAAAGAUCUGUGCUGUGUGGAUUCCCUAUUUGCUGACAUAUGAGCAGAAAAGACUUCCAAUUUAUAUGGUUCCGUUUCCGAGCUCUGUGUCAUAUCAUUCGUAUCUUGGAAAUGUACAGUAUUUAGAUGGAAAUUCCAUAGUGACGUCACCGAAUUACCCCCUAACGACAAAUAUUGACUAUGAAAUAAAAUGGAUUGUGAGUGUUGAAACCCAACGGUUUGCCAAAAUUGUUUUCACUAAUGUAUCACUAUCAAAGGAUUGCGACGUGAUAGUAUCGGAAAACAUCCAAAGAAAUUCUGGAUUUUUCAUUGACCAUAGUUUCAAUAAUGAAAUAUUCGUAUUAGAAACAGACCAAAGCGUCGUGUCGUUUAACGCAAGGUGUAAUCAAACAUGGUUAACGAUGAAAUUUCGAGCAAUUGUUACUACUGAAGAAACUCCAGCUUGCCUUAGCCUUGGUAUCGUUCGUAAAAGAAACAGAUUAGAACGGUGCUCUAAAUCAAACAUGAUUCUUUCUACCCGUUCAUAUUUGAAUAUUGACCACACUUACGGUAAUGAGGAGUUCCAAAUAUGCGCGUACGGUCACCAAAGCAUUGAUAUCUCCUUCAUUGAUUUCUACAUGCCGUGUUAUAGUAGUGACAGGAUUUUCGAAUUUAAAUCACGAUUUGCUAUCAAAGAUGCUGACGGCGAACACGAGUUUUGCUCUGGAAUAUUACCACCGAAGACAUACAAAUCAAAAGGUUCAGAGAUUAAAUUGUUUUAUCGACGUCUUGAUUUUUCGGGAUACUUGAACUCGUUUGGCAAAAUAACAGAGCGAAUUGAAGGAUUUCGGAUACAGUAUAAAAUAAUUAAUCAUUCAUUUCAAAAGUAUACAACUGAGAUUUCAGGAUCUGAAUCAGAAUCAUCAGCUUGCUCAGGGCUUUUCAGAAAAUGCUAUACAGUUAUCUCUGAAGAGGUCUCAUGGGAUAUUGCAAACAGCAAAUGCCGUACGCGCAGUGAACAUCUUGUUACUAUUACAUCAAGAAAGGAAAUGAAAUACCUACAAUACUUACUACGAAAUGCGUUAUAUAACAUUAAUCAGCGACGUGGGAAAGAUAACAAACUUCAGGGAGCACAUAUUGGCUUAAGACGAUUUACGAACAAAAACAAGAAGACAAGUUUUAAUUGGGUGAACGGCAACAGUGUAACUUUCACUGCAUGGGAAAGCGGACAACCUUCAAUAGCAGAUUGUACCCUUACGUUAUUCGAGUAUUUCAACACCGAAUCACUAUGGAGGACUGAAGAUUGUUUGUAUAAUUUAGUCGAUUUUUUCGUAUGUGAGAAACCGUUUUUAGAGGACGGGAAUAACACGAGAGGUAUAUUUCAUAGCUUUUUUUCACAGUUGUUUUCGCGACAGGAACAAAUGAAUAUUGAUGAUGAUUUUCAGAUUUACAAUAUUUUUGUUAAUUCUAAGAAAUUUGAUAUAUUUGGUAGUUAUAACUUUUUAUCAUUGAUGUGA